AUGCGUUCACCAAACCAUGUGCAGAAUGUGUCGCAUGACAUUAUUCAUGAAAAACAAAAUAUACAUCGUGGACGUUCUCAAAAUCAGAUAGUGAAGGCAUCUAGCGAUGAACAUAUUGAAAAUAGUUUUAAUUCAGAUUAUAUGCCCAUUCGUCCACCUACAAAAUCGUACCACGAAGAAGAGAACAAUAGUCCAGAUAGUUAUAUUUAUCCUCAACGUCAAACUCGUCCUUCAUCCACAAUGGUUACUACAGCCCAUAACGCAACAAAUAUUCCGACGACAACUAUUAUAUCCAGUGGACGAAAAUUGCCCCUAAAUGGUAACGGUGAAAUUUUUGAUGUUUUUCCUUCAAAACCUAAAAAAAGCUCAAUUUCUCGUUCCACAGUAUAA